AUGUUUUCGCGCUCAACAAUCUACGGGGAAGAAGCGCAACUGUAUGAUAGUCCGGAAGAAAUGCGGCGUUGGUUCCCGAAAUCGGUCAGUACGGAUGGUAUUCGGCUAGCGCUGUUUUCGCCAAAUGAUGUUGCCUUAGAUCCGAUUGGCUUAUGUCAAGCAUUAGCUGAUCGUACUAGGGAAUAUGGUAAAUAUUUUUUUGAAAAUUUUGAAACGAAACACAAAGGACAAUGA